GAAAGUUUUCAUCUUUUCAUUCUGCUUCCCUAAAUUUUCAACCUUGGAGCAAUGUCGGACUUCGUCCACGGUGAUCAGGCUGAUCUAAAACAUGCUCACCAUGUUAAACAUUCCCAUGAUCUGGAGAACGGCCGCCUCGAAAAAGACCUCGAUCCUGCUGUGAUCACGGCUGGAAGUCAUGAAUCCGAGGGCGAGUCUGAGGAGAUAGUCUUGGCUAGACAACUUCGAGAGAAAAAAGGCUUCCUGCGUAGCCUGCGACGUGGUGAAGAAUGGCUCGACGAAAAGCUGGGAAUCGAAACGCAAGGCAUUGAUAGGAUACACGAAGAAGACAAGCAACCUCCGUCAAUCCUCAACGUCUUCUUUUUCUGGUGGUCUCUCACAAUGCAUGUUGGUACCAUACCAAUUGGCCUUCUUGGGACGGAUCCCGAAGUCUAUGGUCUCUCCCUGAGUCAAGCAGUUGGCGCCAUUAUUGUUUCAACUAUUUUGGGAGCCGCUUGCACUGCAUAUACUGGUACUCUUGGUCCAAAGCUUGGUCUCCGUGCAAUUGCAUGUUCUCGAUACUCCUUCGGUUUCUACGGUGCAAAACUCUGCUCAGUUCUCAAUGUUAUUAUCGGUGGAGGUUUCGCCGUGGUCAAUAUUGUGGUGGUGGGUCAGAUUCUGGCUGCUGUCUCUGAUUACUCUAUGACAAUUGUGGUGGGAAUUAUCAUCAUCGCAGUCGUCAGUUAUAUUGUAUCAAUUUUCGGUUUCAGAAUCAUUCACACUUGGGAGAAAUACUCGUGGAUCAUGACAUUCAUUAUCAUGUGCAUCUUGAUUGGCCAGGUCGCUCCCAAGAUGGAGCCAAGUCUUCCAUCUGAGGUUUCUGGUCUUGGUUUCUCAGGCUCUUGGCUUAGCUUCUUCGCUGUAUGCUUCUCUUCUGCCUCGGGAUGGUGCUCAAUUGCUUCGGAUUAUUACUGCAACUACCCUGCCAAUACCAAGGGCUGGAAAAUCUUCUUCCUCACCAUUUUAGGAAUUUCCCUUCCCACGAUCUUUGCGACUAUUAUCGGUGCAUGUCUGGGAAAUGCGGCACUGGCUUCAUCAAAAAAUCCAACUUGGGCAGCGGCAUACGAAGAUCAUGGACUUGGUGGGCUUCUUCUAGAGUCUUUCCAUCCGUUCCGAUUCUCCAAGUUCUGCCUUGUCCUACUGGUUUUCUCAGUUAUCGGUAACAACGUCGCUGUGAACUACUCUAGUGGUCUUAGUCUCCAAUUGCUUGGUCAUUAUUUCCAUGCAAUCCCAAGAUUCAUUUGGUCGUUUGUCAAUGCCCUUGUAAUUGCCGUUCUAGCAAUUGCUGGUAGAGCACACUUAUCCAGUAUCGUCAGCGACUUUGUAUCCCUACUUGGAUAUUGGACGGUUUCUUUCACAUUUAUUCUCCUAAUAGAAGACAAAUGGUUCCGUCGCACAGAAGGUUACGACUUGAACUCUUGGGAUAUACCCGGUAAACUACCAUGGGGACUGGCUGCUGUUAUGGCUCUUUUGGUUGGUUAUCUGGGUGGUGGUCUGCCUGGCAUGGCUCAGGUUUGGUAUGUCGGCCCAAUUGCAGCUAAAUUUGGACCCUACGGAGGUGAUGUUGGAAUCUUCCUAAGUGGUGUCUUUACUAUCGUGACGUAUCCUCCACUUCGAUGGUAUGAGCGUAAGAUCACCGGCAGGUAGACCAAGAGUUGAAUACUUGUUACCUAAAAACUUAAUUCUAUUUCCUAUUUGGAUAAUUCAUUUACACAUUCACAAACAUAUAUUCUUGAAAACAAGUAGUGAUUACCUACUUCCAAAAAAACAGAACAAAUCCCAUCCUACCUAAAGUCUUUAAAAAUUGGCUAGAUAAACACCUAUGUGGGCCGGUUAAGUAGAAAACGUUGAUCGCUGAAAUUCUUGAUACCCCUCAUUUUACUCAACGGCAAAACACCCCUCCUUCCCAACGCAGAAUUGCUAUAACACAUCAAAACACAACACAACACAUACAUGCCUAUCAUUUAAAACAAUCUUCCAUUCCGCUUCAACCUCUUCCAUGCAGUCUUCCACCAAGUUCUAGCCUAUGUCAUCCCCGUAACACCAAGCGUCAAUCCACCUUCCUGCAUCCUCCCGCCACCAUGUAGUUCAUUUCCCCACCGGAUCAAAAAAAAAAUGUGGAAUUUCGCGUUACAUGCUGCAUUUCUGUUCCGCUAAGCACAGUCAAUCCAAAUGGAAAAGGAAGGUCACAUGGCGUGGAGUUCUCGUGCUGCGGCCCUGCUCGGCUUCGUGCAUACAGGUUUGUCAUUUGUCAUUUGUCACGUUGUGGUGCAUGAAACUGUUGGGACUUGGUAUAUGUCAAUGUCAAUGAAUGCUUAAAUACGCAUGUGCGCA